CCCCUGCAACGGUAUGCGAUGGUAUGCGGCGGAUGGACACACCACUACGAAAGGGCGACGCGGUGACGCCAGCGACGCGUCUGAACUGUGCGUUGUUUCGGCCGUUUUGAUAUGUUGUCCAAGUGCUCCUUAAUAAUUGGAUCACCACGCCAACUACGGAGCGUAGCCUGUCUGUCCGCAGUACUUUCUGCCGCAGCGACGUGCCGGCACUGUAGUGCCGGGAAGCCACUCGGCUGAGCAGCAGGUGCUCCGUUUCUCCGAAAGCCGCUGAAGCAGCCGACGACAUCCAAGGCCGGCCACGAUGGAGGCGAGGAUUAAGGAAGCGUUGAAAACGACGAAACUCCGCGCUACUGGCCGUGGAGGUAGCGGCUGCAUCAACGAGGGCGAAGCUUUCGAAACCGAUGACGGCGAAGUGUUUAUUAAGAGAAAUUCGAAAUCGCAGGCGCGGACGAUGUUCGAUGGCGAGUUCGCGGCUUUGACGGCUAUACUUGAGACCAAGACCGUGAAAGUCCCGAAGCCAUACGUCGUGGUUGACAACCCCUCUGGUGGUGCUGCCCUGGUUAUGGAGUGCGUGCGGAUGCGCCAAUUGAGUCGCCACUCCGAGCUCCUGGGAAAGCAGCUGGCAAGCAUGCAUUUGCACAACAGCCGCAAACGGGACGAGAGCAGCUCAGUGCAUGGCUCCCGGAAUGAGUCUGGCUACGUGGACCAGUUUGGCUUUGGGAUCACCACCUGCUGUGGGUACCUACCGCUGGAUAAUAGCUGGCAUGAUGACUGGUUGGAAUUCUAUUGCCGGCAGCGCAUUGACGCCCAGGUGAGAAUGGCUCAAGAGAAGUACCAUGACCGUGAAGCCCCUGAACUGUGGUCUCAGCUAGUCCACAAGGUGCCGUCAUUCUUUGAGGGCCUGGAAAUUGAGCCCGCCCUCAUUCACGGUGACCUCUGGGGUGGAAAUGUGGCCGAGUACGAGGAUGGACCGAUUAUAUUUGACCCAGCAUCGUAUUAUGGACAUGCUGAGUUUGAGCUGUCCAUAGCAAAACUGUUUGGGGGCUUUGAUGCCAAAUUCUACUCAGCCUACUUCAAGGUUAUACCCAAGGCGCCAGGCUUUGAGAAGAGGCUUGACUUCUACCAUCUCUUCCAUUACCUCAACCACUGGAACCAUUUUGGUGGUGGCUACCGCAGCUCUUCAUUGUCCACGAUGAGACGCCUCCUGAAAUAAAAAUGCACGUCGCUAAUGUGGCACCAUUUUAUGCGGAAGCAUCACUGGCGAUGCCUCUCACCAUCGUUGUUAUUGUUGCUACUGCUGCCGCUGCUGCUGUUGUUGUUAUUGUUGUAACUGUUGCAGUGUUGUUGGCCCGUGUCGUACCAGUGUUUGUUGAAUGUUGCUACCAGUGUCUUUCCGGUGGAUGUGUCACAACUGUUUGAACGACUCUGGGUGGCAUGCUAAAAACAGAAACUGUAGCGAGGAGUAUGUGGACCAAGCAAAGAAAGAAUGGGAGUGCUAGCACGCGGUUUAGUUCCUGCAUUCGCUUGCAUACCUCUAACUUUUGCGAAUUCUUCGUAAAACGCUAGAUUGUUGGAGCUUGGCCAUUGUUGUGUAAUGACAUCAUAACUUUGCAUUUUUUUUAUUUGCAUGCACUUUAGGAAAGUACUGCUUUCAAAAGAGUACAAAUGCAGCUGCUGAUCAAUUUGCGAGAGCCAGAUUUUUCAGACCUGCUCGGUUAUUUGGACCUACCUGCAUUAGCGCCACCCAUUCCAUAGAAACUAUGUAUAAUCGCUACCAAAAUGUUGGCCAGUGUUACAUGAAUAUUCCCAUUCGUUGAUGACUGGGUCACACUAGAUAAAACUAGCUGUGACUGCAGAGCAGAGUAUUUAUUAGCAGCUAUGUGUUCACACUGUUCCUAUGUAUUUAGUUGACUUAUCCAUGCAAAAGAUGCCAACACGUGAAUAACGGAACAUGGCAUGAAUGCUGACUGUCAACUUGGUGUUUACGAAUGAAGGGCAUACUGCAACAUGCUUAUUCCUUAUCGCAACAUUACGAAAUUCCUUUGGGUUUAUUUCUGCGUGGUUAAUGCCCAGAUCGCACAUGGACGUCCAUGUUUUGUAGUUUUGAAUAAUAAUGCAUUUGCAUUCAAUAUUUUUGUGUUCCCAGAGCCCCCACUUAUGGCAUCUUUCAUAGCUAGGCGUAGAGUGUGUAACAUUUUUUUUUUUUUUUUUACAUUUUUGUGCAGCUGAACAAUAACAUCAUUUUGGAUGCCUAACAAGCACUGGGUGUCGGUGCAGGUUGAACCAAAAAAUCGCCGAGCUGUCAAAAGAUGAACCGUGAUUCGUACAUAAUGACGAUAGAUUGCAUCUCAGCUCUCGCAGGUUUUACUAUCAUGUCCCUUGCAAAUUUGACAGUAAACCACCGAUUAUUUUAUUAUCUUUUUGAGUCUUCAAUUUGAUGUGCUGGACUGCCCAAGACGUUGCGUAUGCCAAUGCACGUUGAUAGAAGGCAGCACUUUGAGCAGCCCUGGACAACAAAUCGAAGACGUCUUUUAUUUUUCCGGCCUGAAAAAGUCCACCACCCAGUUAUAUUGCUGCAAAUAUGGUAGUGACUCAUGUAGUACCUAAAUUUGAAAGAUUUCUCUUGUAUGGUGUCAGUUCUGAGGUCUAAGUUUAAUGAGCAGACCUUUCCUUGAAUCAGCACUGCAUUCUUCGUCUUUCUUUGCUUUGUUUGUGUCCUUCAGCGCAUUAACUGCAUUUUAGUCUUUGAUGCUUAAUAUUUGCAAACGACAUUGGGACUCCCUCAGACAAAACCUUAGCGAAAAAAUACUUGGCAAGUUGAUCGAUAGGUGAGCAGUUUGUGCUGGUGGUAUUUCAAGGCCAAAUUUUGUCUUACCGUGCCACGACAGGAACUGUGCUGGUGCAAGAAUUUCAUCUUGCUGUCAGUGCUGCUAGCAUGCAAUGUGUGAUUAUGGAUUGUUUUGAUCUCAAGUGAGUGACUGUUCGAAAAUUUGGACAAGGUGAAUCUACACAAGUGCAUAGUUGUGUGUCUGCAUUCCACUUUAAAGCCUCCGAGUUGUUGUUGCAGAGUAGCCGUCCAUGCUGGGUAACGCUGAACUUGAUGUUGUCAUUUGUGAUCGCAACUUCUGUUGAGGUGUUCUCAUACAUUUCGCUGAUUAAAAUUUGUACAGAUGGCUGUGCGGCAUUGUCUUGUGGUCUCACGACCACAAUUGAUUUGUUUAAAUUAAAAUUUAGUGCACUUAAACAAUAAAAGUGUAAAGCAAGAAAAGAAGAAAAAGGAAAGCCCUCGCGAGACAAAUAGUUUACGCAAUUUCUCAAGUUGCUUGACGUGUUGAGUGAUUUCCGGUUAAUAGGUAUCCGCUGGACAACGUCAAACACCACACUAGACGAUUCUAGGCUAUUUUGAAUACUUGGUGUCAUUGUGUACAAAAGCAAUAGCACUUGUCAUGUGCUAAAGCUGUACUUGGGAGCUGGUCUUCUUUGCGCUUGCCAAAUUGUGGCCAAUGCAAUCAUGAAUCAAACCAGCAAUGGCAGGUGUACUUAUGGACAGCAAAUAUGAAGUAAACUGUAAAAAAAAAAGGUUGCUUUUGUGGAAAUUAUAUCUGGGAGGCACACAUCCCCACUACUCAAAAUCACACUACGGCUGUGUCGCGAAUGUCCUUUGUCAACUUCCUGUGACUUGUUUUAUGUUAAACUUUAAGUUGCUGGAAAAAAAAUAAUAAGCAUUGAAAAUUGUUAAAAAAUACCUGCUGGGAAACCUGGCAGGGAUUCUGGGAAGCUACGUAAGGGGUACAGAAAACAAAGUGUCUUUCAUUGCCUUGCUUUUAGCUCCUAUGUACAAUGAAUUAAAAGAACAAAUUUCUGGUGCACAAAAAACAACUGUUAGCAUGUACCUGACUAUAGUGUACAACUCUGAGAUAGAGUAUCUUUGUAUAAAUGUUUCGGCAAAAUAAAUGUCACUGUGCACUUA